AUGCUCAACAAUUCCAAGGAAGCCACAUCACAUGAGAAGAAGCGCGUGGCAGAUGUGGGAAAGUUCUUGCUGGCGGCCGAUGUGGAGGUGAGAACGCCCAACUUCGCCGAUAUGCCACUGAGCAGCGACAUUUCGACGCAAGCAGAUACUAAAGCUCCCAGUGUUGCCGAUUUUGUCACCAAGCAAGCGGAUGCGAGCGAUUUGCAGGCUGAAGGUAUGGAAAUCAGACGUUUUAAGAUCAACCGAGCAAGAGACGACACUCUUAGCUUCAAACGGAACGCCGGGGACGCUCGACGCGGAAAUCCCACUCGACCUGUCUUGAGCCGUGCGCUAGCCGUCGAACGCUGUGCUCUUGUACGCGACGCCAUCAUAGAGGAUUCGACCGUCGACACAAUCAUCUACGAAGACGGCAUAGACGGCAACACUGUCGCACGUUUCAUCGCGUGCUUCUCGGUCCAACCUGCCUACUCACGAUGUUGUCGAGAUCUCAGACGCAGGUCACCAGGGUCUGCUGGCCACAAAGAUAGAAUGGUCUAUGAAAGAACUGGAAGAUCUUUACAAGUUCGCACACAUGCAACGGGAGAUUGCGACAUGUGCGACAUGGUCAUUGACCGAGUUCACGAGGAGCUACAUCACCCCCAGUAUUGCCUAAGACGCUCCAUAACUGGUAUGAAGGCGGCGUUCAAGCUUUUGGAUAUUAGUCCUGCGUUCUUGAACCUCCUUUCGAAAUACGAGAAAAAGGGUUUCGAGUUCUUCGCCGAAGUUUGGGUUACGACAAUUGAAGACACACUGGAGUUGCUGAAGACGUCCGGAAUCGGUAGUUGGCGCCACCAAGUCAAGCAUACGCUAAUCGAGAAGCUGGAGUCUGAUGGGGCAUCCGAAGCGAGCAAGAACAACACAGCCGCAAUCUGCCCACAAUACCAUCAUCGUCAAGGCUCAGAGGUAAUAUGCUGCAAGUCGAAAGUACCCGAAACGCUGACGGUGGUUGCCAGCGCUAUGCAAGAGCUACCCAUUCUACCACCAACACCCAAGAAGCAAGUCGAGCCUUCCAAGUGCCAGCAGUCAUCUAAGAACUUCAAGCGAAGGAGGCUACGGACUGACAAGGUAGCCUUUGAAAAAAUCGAACGUAGAGCCAGAGAGGCGAGUGAGGGUGUACAUUCUGAGUCGAACGACGAACGACCCAAGUCGAGGUUCCAGAAAUCUCAACAAGAGCUUCAUGACAACUGGAAUGAGUACAAGGGCAUCUGUGAUACCGAAAUCUUGUCAGAAGAUGAAGACUGCAACGCGAUCGUUGUUCGUCUUCCUGAGGUGUACAGCAAGGCUCGUGAUUUCUUCCGAAGCAGCACUGGAAGUUAUGGAGAACCAUAUAAACAUGCCCAUGUUUUAUCUGGCGCGAAGCAACGAAAGCAGAAUACUCGGAGCUCCGAUGGUUUGAAGUACCGCGACAAGGGAAUGAACCUUGUCAAGGAUACGGCGGAGGUGCAGCGCAAGAAGGUAGCAAUCGUCGAAGAGAGGCUGCAAACGUUUCACGACUACGGUUAUGUGUCGGACAGCGGGAAGCUUCGAGGGGGACCGAAGACUAUGUCUAGGCUGGCAAGUAGAGACGUUGAAAUGAUGGACAAGGAUGAAGGUGACCACAGGAUCUGA